AUGUCAUACGAACAAUUGGUUAAAGACCUUAAAGAACAAGAGAUAUUAAGUAAAUGGAACGAUGUUAUUCCAUUAUCCAAAAUAUCUGGAGUUUCUACCACCUCAUCAAGUUCUCAAUCCAAUGGAGAUGAUGUUUUCGAAGGCCAUGAUGAAGAACAAAUUAGAUUAAUGGAUGAAUUAUGUAUUGUCUUAGAUUACGAUGACAAACCAAUCGGUGCUGGUACUAAGAAACUAUGUCAUUUAAUGGAUAACAUCAACCAAGGUUUAUUACAUAGAGCCUUUUCUGUUUUCUUAUUCAAUGACGAAGGUAAAUUAUUAUUACAACAAAGAGCUGAUGAGAAAAUUACUUUCCCAUCAAUGUGGACUAACACUUGUUGUUCCCAUCCUUUAUCUGUUAAAUCAGAAUUAGGUCCAAAUGAUGUUUUCAAAUUAGAAAAUGCCAUUGAAGGUGCUAAAGUUGCAGCUCAAAGAAAAUUAGAACAUGAAUUAGGUAUUCCAACCGAUCAAGUUAUUAUUGAAGAUUUCAACUUUUUAACCAGAAUUCAUUAUAAAAGCGCCAGUGGUGAUGAAGCAUCUAAAUGGGGAGAACAUGAAAUCGAUUAUAUUUUAAUUUUAAAAGCUAGUAAUGUUGAUAUCAAUGCUAAUUUGAACGAAGUUAAAGAUUAUAAAUAUGUCACUCAAGAUGAAUUAAAAGAAAUGUUCACUAAAGAAGAUUUAGUUUUCACUCCAUGGUUCAAAUUAAUCUGCCAAACCUUCUUAUAUAAAUGGUGGGAUAACUUGGAUAGUUUGAAACAAUUUGAAGAUGAAACCAUUCAUCGUUUAUUGUAA